CCCACCAGGCACGAUGACCUGAAGGAGAUGCUGGACAGCAACAAGGAUUCCCUCAAGCUGGAGGCCAUGAAGAGGAUUGUGGCGAUGAUCGCCCGGGGAAAGAAUGCCUCAGACCUGUUUCCCGCUGUGGUGAAAAACGUGGCCUGUAAGAACAUAGAGGUAAAGAAGCUCGUGUACGUGUACCUGGUGCGCUACGCCGAGGAGCAGCAGGACCUGGCCCUGCUGUCCAUCUCCACCUUCCAGCGUGGCCUCAAGGACCCCAACCAGCUGAUUCGUGCCAGUGCCCUCCGGGUCCUCUCCAGCAUCCGCGUGCCCAUCAUAGUGCCCAUCAUGAUGCUGGCCAUCAAGGAAGCUGCCUCGGACAUGUCACCCUACGUGCGGAAGACGGCUGCCCACGCCAUCCCCAAACUGUACAGUCUGGAUUCUGACCAGAAGGACCAGCUGAUCGAGGUCAUCGAGAAGCUCCUGGCCGACAAGACCACGCUGGUGGCGGGCAGCGUGGUGAUGGCCUUCGAGGAGGUGUGCCCGGAGCGCAUCGACCUGAUCCACAAGAACUACCGGAAGCUCUGCAACCUGCUCAUCGACGUGGAGGAGUGGGGCCAGGUGGUCAUCAUCAGCAUGCUCACGCGCUACGCCCGCACGCAGUUCCUCAGCCCCACGCAGAACGAGUCCCUGCUGGAGGAGAACCCCGAGAAGGCCUUCUACGACCGGCUGCUGCUGCGCAACACGAAGCCGCUGCUGCAGAGCCGCAGCGCCGCCGUGGUCAUGGCCGUGGCGCAGCUCUACUUCCACCUGGCGCCCAAGGCCGAGGUGGGCGUCAUCGCCAAGGCGCUCGUGCGCCUGCUGCGCAGCCACAGUGAGGUGCAGUAUGUGGUGCUCCAGAAUGUGGCCACCAUGUCCAUCAAGCGCAGGGGUAUGUUCGAGCCCUACCUGAAGAGCUUCUACAUCAGGUCCACCGACCCCACCCAGAUCAAGAUCCUGAAGCUGGAAGUGUUGACCAACCUGGCCAAUGAGACCAACAUCCCUACGGUCCUGCGGGAAUUCCAGACCUACAUCCGCAGCAUGGACAAGGACUUCGUGGCAGCCACAAUCCAGGCCAUUGGACGCUGCGCCACGAACAUAGGCCGAGUCCGAGACACCUGCCUCAACGGCCUGGUGCAGCUCCUGUCCAACCGCGACGAGCUGGUGGUCGCAGAGUCAGUGGUCGUCAUUAAGAAGCUGCUGCAGAUGCAGCCGGCUCAGCACGGAGAGAUCAUCAAGCACCUGGCGAAGCUCACAGACAACAUCCAGGUGCCCAUGGCCCGAGCCAGCAUCCUGUGGCUCAUCGGCGAGUACUGCGAGCACGUCCCCAAGAUCGCACCCGACGUCCUGAGAAAAAUGGCCAAGUCCUUCACAGCCGAGGAGGACAUCGUCAAGCUGCAGGUCAUCAACCUGGCGGCCAAGCUCUACCUGACCAACUCCAAGCAGACCAAGCUGCUGACCCAGUACGUGCUGAGUCUGGCCAAGUACGACCAGAACUAUGACAUCCGCGACCGCGCCCGCUUCACCCGGCAGCUCAUUGUCCCCUCCGAGCAGGGCGGGGCCCUCAGCCGCCAUGCCAAGAAGCUCUUCCUGGCGCCCAAACCAGCCCCCGUCCUGGAGUCAUGCUUCAAAGACCGGGACCACUUCCAGCUGGGCUCCCUGUCCCACCUGCUCAAUGCCAAGGCCACGGGCUACCAGGAGCUCCCAGACUGGCCGGAGGAAGCCCCGGACCCAUCUGUGCGCAACGUGGAGGAGGAAGAUCUCUCCCUUAUUGAGACCCACGUGGGCCUGUUGGGCGAAUACACCGAGGUACCUGAGUGGACCAAGUGUUCAAAUCGUGAGAAGAGAAAGGAAAAAGAGAAACCCUUCUACUCGGACUCCGAGGGAGAGUCGGGCCCCACAGAGUCCGCGGACAGUGACCCCGAGUCCGAGAGCGAGUCGGAGAGUAAGAGCAGCAGCGAGAGCGGCUCCGGGGAGUCGAGCAGUGAGUCUGACAACGAAGACCAGGGUGAGGAAGAGAAGGGGAGGAGCAGUGAGAGCGAGCAGAGUGAGGAAGGUGAGAAAAGCAAGAGGAAGCGGAGGAAGGUGACAAAGGGGCAAGGAGGAGCCUCGUCCUCGGACGAGGGCAGCGAUUCCAGCAGCAGCUCGUCAGAGUCCGAGAUGUCCUCGGAGUCGGAGGAGGAACAGGUGGCACCUGCGUCCUGGAGGAAAAAGACACCGCCCAGCAGCAAAAGCACCCCUGCAGCCAAGGAGGUCUCCCUGCUGGACCUUGAGGACUUCACCCCUCCCAGCGUCCAGCCUGUCUCCCCCCCCACGGUUGUGUCCAGCAGUCUGGCUGCAGAUCUGGAGGGCCUGACGCUCACCGACUCCCCGCUGGUGCCCUCACUGCUGAGCCCGGUGUCCGGGGUCGGGAGGCAGGAGCUCCUGCACCGCGUGGCGGGCGAGGGGCUGGCUGUGGACUACGCCUUCAGCCGCCGACCUUUCCCCGGGGACCCCCACAUGGUGUCUCUGCACAUCCACUUCUCCAACAACUCUGAGGCUCCCAUCAAGGGCCUGCACGUGGGCACCUCCAAACUGCCUGCUGGCAUCAGCAUCCAGGAAUUUCCUGAAAUCGAGUCCUUGGCACCCGGAGAGUCUGCCACUGCUGUCAUGGGCAUUAACUUCUGUGACUCAACCCAGGCAGCCAACUUCCAGCUGUGCACCCAAACUCGACAGUUCUACGUCUCCAUUCAGCCACCUGUUGGGGAGCUGAUGGCCCCCGUGUUCAUGAGUGAGAAUGAAUUUAAGAAGGAACAGGGAAAGCUGACGGGCAUGAAUGAAAUCACAGAGAAGCUCACGCUGCCCGACAGCUGUCGGAGUGACCACACCGUGGUGCAGAAAGUCACCGCCACGGCCAACCUGGGCCGCGUCCCUUGUGGGACGUCUGAUGAGUACAGGUUUGCAGGGAGGACGCUGACCAGCGGGAGCCUGGUCCUGCUGACCCUGGACGCGCGGCCCACUGGACCCGCCCAGCUGACAGUCAACAGCGAGAAGAUGGUGAUCGGCACCAUGCUGGUGAAGGACGUGGUGCAGGCUCUGACCCAGUGACUCCACAUGCUCCGACCCCCACUUGUUUCUCCCUUGUGACACCUGGGCUGUUAGCACCCCCCCUUCUCUCUCUCAGAUUC